UGAGGGGUCAGGGGUCGUAGCAGACGUAGACAUGCCUCUAGCCACUGCUCCUGUCACACCCAUAGCACCUGCUUCUGCUAUUCCCACAGUGCCCGUUUCUGCCGUAUCUUCUGUACCUAUUUCUGCCGUACCUUCUGUACCCAUUUCUACCGUACCUUUUGUACCUAUUUCUGCCGCUCCCACAACUUCCAUUUUUACGGGUCCUGGUCCGUUGCCUACUGUCCCUUCUCAGUUUAAGGCAGUAGUUCUGCCACGGUUCCAGACCCCGUGGGUAAGGCCGCAGCCUUUUUUGUACGUUUUGAUCAGCCUGAGAUUAAUGACCUCAAUCUUGCAAACUUCUGGGCUUCCAGCCUUCCUUACGUGGACUUCCAUGGCUUCAGGGUUCCCCAAGAUUGCGUUUCUCACUUAGAGGCAGUUUUCAGUAGUCGGGAAGACUUUAUGUAGGGAUUUCGUUUUGGUCGUUCUGCCAGGGAGCAUUUCUUGAAAUUGCUGGGAAGCAUAAUGAAUGAUAUUGAACAUAACUUUGCUGAUACUGUCUUUCAGAGAGGAUCCUGCAGUGGAGGGUUGCGGUUUAGGAGCUGAUCAGUGUGGGUUUUGCUGUGAAGUUCAUUCUAGACCAUCUUUGUGAGAUUGCCCCAGCCUUUUUCAUGAAAAAGGUUUAGCCUGCUGUAGACGAUAUUGACACAUAGAUUGAGACUUUGAAGAAGAAGGUGGCAGAUUUAGACGGUCAUCGUGAGCGUCUUCUUGCUAGCAUUGGUGGGUCCAACCGCUUUGGAGACCAACCUCUUAUCUCUAAACUUCGUUGAUGUAGUUUCCCCUUUUUUUGUUCUUUUCCUUCUUUUACUACCCCGCCUUAGCACACUUUAUCUACAUACUUUUCUUUU